GUCGGGUCACAUGUGUGGAUAUUUUAAAGCGGUUUAGCAGUGUGCUUGAUUACAGUGUUCUACCUUUCUCUCUGUUUUUCCUGUCGGUAAAGAUCCCUGCAGCGUGAUCCAGAACCUUCCGUUGUUGUUGUUCGGAGGCGUUCUAGAAUUUAGAUCUUGGCAGAUUUGUUUAGUGGAAUUGUUCUGCUGAAUUGGUUCUGAUAUACAACCUGCUGAAAAGACGUAACAGAAGGUUCAGCUCACUUCUCUCUCAGUUUCAAGUCUCAUUUCCGUGGAGAUUUAACUAAUAUCACGCACCGGAAUUGAAGUGAUCUCUGUGUUGUUCAGAUUUCAGGGUUAGUUCACCUCUCAACAUGGGUACUCCAGACGCCAACUCAGAUCCGCUAGACGCCCUUAAACUCGCCAUCCUUAACUUCAAAGUAAAGUUCGUAAUCUGGCACUCCAAGCGUCCUUACGCAGUUAAAGCGGGUUUGAUAUUACUACUAUUGUGCGGCUUUAUAGCUACCAACGUCAGAAUAACAGUUGUCAGUAACGAGUCUGCGUCAGCCUCCAGAACUUUAUCAGCACGGGAGCACAGACUUGAGAGAAAUACCAAGUUAAGGGAACUGUUCAAUUCGGAAAGUCCUAUUUUAUUGGACCUGGAUGGGAUAAGAGAUCCUUACCCUACUGAUCUAGAAGAGUAUAAGAAAAAGUUAUUUAAAGAGAACAUGUUUAACACGUGGAUAAGUGACCACACCCCUAUUAACAGACUACAUCCGGAUAUGAGGACGCAGAAAUGCCACGAACGGUUUCCCUCAUAUCUACCCGUAUCAGAGAUGCCAAGCAUAUCAAUAGUGUUCAUAUUUGUGGACGAGUGUUUGAGCGUGCUGCUAAGGUCAAUAAUCAGUAUAAUAUUGACUACCCCUCCGGAGUUGCUGCAUGAUAUCGUGCUGGUUGACGACUUCUCAAAGAAGGUUGAGAACGGUAAGAGACUAGAAGAAGAGCUGAUGAUAUUCGGAGACCUCACUAAAUUAGUACGACACGAAAGUCGGUCCGGUCUCAUGGUUGCUAGGACAACUGGAGCGGAGCACGCAGAAGGUGACGUAUUAGUCUUCUUAGACUCUCAUAUUGAGGCUCUACCAUAUUGGGCCGAGCCUAUCAUGGAUAGAAUUGCUAGAAACAGAAAAACGGUUGUUCAGCCAAAUAUUCCUGCCAUUGAAUUCAACACUUUCGAGCUGAUUGAUGACACUCCAGAUACACCCUCUGCUCACUCCUUCAUGGGAGGAUUCAGUUGGGACAUGGUAUUCAGAUGGAAGGGUCUACCGCAAAGAGAAAAAAGCAGAAGACAUGGUGAUAAUAGCGUGGAAGUGAGGUCACCAACAAUGGCGGGAGGUUUGUUCGCCAUGGAUAGGAAAUACUUCUUCGAGUUGGGUGCAUAUGAUCAGGGAAUGGACGUUUGGGGAUCUGAGAACCUUGAAAUAUCCUUCAGGAUAUGGAUGUGUGGUGGUAUACUCGAGAUAUCAACAUGUAGUACCAUUGCUCACGUGUACAGGAAAACAUUUCCCUACAGUUCAAAGAAAGAUGUGGGGGCUAAAAACGCUAAGAGACUUGCCGAGGUCUGGCUAGAUGAGUACAAAGAUUUCUUCUACCAGAUAUCUCCACCCGCCAGAUCUGUAGACAUGGGAGAUAUUUCCAGCAGGGUGGACCUUAGGAAACGCCUACAGUGCAAAUCAUUCAAAUGGUUCCUGGAGACUGUGUAUCCAGAGAUGGACGUUCCCAGCAGAGAUUACAUCGCUCAUGGAGAGAUUCGUAACAUGGGGACUAAGAACAGAUGUGUUGACAAUCUAGGUGGUUGGAGUCCUCCCUCUAGAAUCGGAAUGUAUUCCUGUCACGGUCAGGGUGGCUCCCAGUACUGGCAGUUUGACAAGAGAACAAACGAGAUCAAACAGUCACAGAACGCGGAGAAUUGUCUGGACGCUGUAUCACGUGACCAAAUACAACUGGGCAGUUGCCAUGGCCAAAAAGGAAACCAGCAUUGGACACUAAACACAAAAGGAGAGAUAACAACUUCAGGAGGACUCUGUCUUGGUCAUGAUAACACCUACCUGAAUGUAGGAGACUGUACUGGUAUCCCCGAACAGAGGUGGCAGUGGGGCUUUGUAUUCCAGCAGCCUGUUAACUGAGUGGUGUGUGGGGGGCUAUUUUAGGGGGCGGCGACUUUGUUUUGGCUUUCUUCAGCCGACCUGCUCUAAUGUAACGAGCCAGAGUGUUGGCUGUUGUCCAAAUUAUCGUGUUCAGCUCCACUUUACUGGUUUGCCGAGUAAAGUGAUAUAAAGAAAUUGGUUUGUUAGAUGUAACGGACCAGUUUUCAAUGUAGUAUCGGGGAAAAUCAACAGUUUUUAUGAGUAUUAGUUUAAUUUAUUUAUUAAUUGAUUGAUUUCAUGAUAUAAAGUAUGUAAUAGAUUAAAUUAAUAAAUUGCACUCAUUGUCGAGGACCGACGCGAUAGGAUUUCUAAAUUGAUCUUUCGCCGUUCAAGUUUUCGUCCAAGCUAUCGCAAUGUGAGAUAUGGCACAGAAAUAUUUUUUAAAUAGUUGCUUUUUCACGAUUAAAAAGAUCUGACUAAAAUAUUUUAAAAAUCUAAAACCAGAAAUCUUACAAAUUUCCUGUGCUUAUUUUAGAAAUUAGCCUCUUUAGUCUUUAUACUUUUAUAUUUAGUCAAAAUUGAGCAAAUACUGCAAGGGCAGUAUUUUUAUUUUUGUUUUUGAAACUAGUAUUGAAAAAAGAGAGCUGCUUAGGUUCGGUUUAUCAAAAUGAGUCUUUAAACUUAGGAAUAAAUUUGUUUGAUUGAUAAUAUUUUAUGAAUGAUGGAUUUUAGAAUCUUGAUUAACUAAUAACUAUACUGGUUGGCAGGCCGCCGGUACAAUAAACUAACAAUUUUGGUUAAGAAUUCAGUUGAUGUUAUAUAAUAUUAUUUAAAUCUGGUUAAGCUUAUAUUUUAUUAACAAAGUUGUAUUCAGUCUGACUUUGAAACAGUUUGUCCAAAAUAUAUAGCAUUGAUGCAUUUUUAUUUGUUUGAUCUCC